UCUUUACUGUACUAGCUUUGGCUUACCUAAGAAACGCGCUGCCCGCGCACGAUACAACCUCGCUUCCCCCAGGCAUCCUGCAGUACCUGGGAACUUAAUGACGCAUGACUUUUAAAUCGAUUUUAUCUACGAAGUACUGAAAACAAGUUGAAUGGCGCUGAGCAGUGACUUGGCCCGGCGCCUGGCGCUGGUGCUGCUCGCGCUGGGCGCGAGUGCGCAGGAUAUGUCAAGCAGCUUCACUCGUGGAAAGCCGGUGCUACUUAGCUCCGGCGCCGACGCGAACCUGGCAAUUACGGACGGAAACGACACGACCAUGUGGCAGAGUGACGCCUGCUACCCCAGCGGCUAUCUGUCGCGACCCGCCAUGAACGCCCUGCUGUGGGCGUGCAACACCUCCUCCACCAACCCCUGUACCUCCUCUCCUGGAUCCACCAACCUGGCAGCCGCCACCGACUCCCCCUUCUUCACCGGCACAGCCGCCAACAUCGCUUACUCCGCCGCCACCGCAAACUCCAGCCGCUACGGCGGGGCCUGGCUGCGGCUGCCGCUCGCGCCUGCUAGCGCCACCGGAAGCGGCGCCGCCACCAACACUGGCGGCCGCAAUGUGAGCCGUGUGGGCAUGCGCGGAAUCUUUUCCGCCGCGGCCGGCUGGGUGCAGAUAUACCUUGAGCUGGCAACCCCAGGCAGUAGCAGCACCAGCACCCCAACAGUGGUGGGGCCGGUUCUGCUUGCCAACUCCACCAACAGCUACAGCUGGGUGGCUGCGACGGGGAACUGGACGGGCGUGGUGGCGGUGGUGGUGCGUGCCAGUGCCGCAUUCACGGUGACGGAGGUGGGCGCAGCGGUUGGCGCCUGCGAGGAGACCGCGGUGGUGGACCUUGGCGUGGAGCAAAGUGUGGGACUCAUCCGCACGCGCUACUGGCCCGGCACGGCGCUGGGCUCGUGGCUUCUGGCGGCGCCCGACACCGCCGGCGCCGCCGCCGCCCUCCUAGGCACACCUCUGGAGGCCCUGCCUGCCAGCUGGGUGGUGGCGGUGCUUGACCCCAGCCGCCUGGCCGCACUCACGCUCAACCUGCCGGUGCCGGUGCAGGCCCGCUACCUGGCCGUUCGCCACCGCGUGCCGUCAACCGACUGGUCCAAGGUGUACGUGUGGGGCAUAGACGCCUGGGGCCCGCAGGCCUCGCCCUCGCCACCACCCUCGCCCUCGCCCCCGGCGCCCCCCUCCCCCACCAACUGGUUCCCAAUGGCCGGCACAGUCCAGUCGUACACCUACCGCGGUGCCGUGACGGUGUCCAGUGCCGCCGACCCAAUCGCCAUGUCACACGUGGCGGACUCGGACGAUAACACGCAGUGGCAGUCGGACGCGUGCUACCCCGGUGGCUACAUCGCGCGGCCCUCCAUGAACCCCAUGCUGCGCCUCUGCACCCUCGCCUCCUCCCGCACCGCCGCCACCCCGCCCGCCGCCGCCACCCCCUCCUCCCCCGGCUGCGUGGCGAGCACCGGCUCCACCAACCUGCCCCUGCUAACCGACAACGACGUUUACACCGGCGCCGCAAUCCAGGCGGACCCUACCGCCGCCGCCGCCGGCUCGCCGAGCGCCGCCUUUCUGCUUGUGUCGUUGCCACCGCACCCAGCCAACGCGACCGAGCAGCCGCGCAAUGUCCGGCGCGUCAGCGCGAAGGCCUGGUGGGGCUCCUCCAACGGCGUAAGCACCGGCGCACCGGUGACAGUGGCGCUGCUGCUGGCGAAUGGGACGCGUGUGACGGUGGGCAGCCUGACGCCCGGUGUGGACGACUUCGCGUGGGUGCACUUCACGGGUAGCUGGCUGAAUGUGGUGGGUGUGCUGCUGACCAGCCCUCGGUUUUUUAUGCUUACGGAGCUCGCGGUGUCUGCGGGGCCGUGCGUGGAGUGGGCGGCGGUAGACAUGGGCGCGGUGCGGGCGGUGGGCGUGUUGCGCUUCAGGUACUGGUCGCCCGACUCGGCGGCCGCCGACUUACACGUCAGCGCGAAUGGCGUCAACUGGACGGCCAUUCGGACCGGUCUGGACCCCAACCAGCUGUCAGCGCUGGAAAUCUACCUGCCUAACAUAAUACAGAUCCGCUACAUGCGGCUGACUCAUCACGUCAAGGAAGACGGCGACUGGCGCAAAGUGUACUGCUGGGGGCUGGAGGCGUACGACGUGUACGGCCGCUGGGGGCCGCCGCCGCCGCCGCGCCCGCAGGCCGCCAGCUUCCGACAGCUCUUGGGCGUCAACGGCAUCUGGGGCUGGGGCGUCAACCGGGCCAGUCGUGACCUGGUCAAGAUUGGCAAGGGCCCGGCUCUGUACGCGCCCGUGGCCAGCCGCGGCCGCAACUACCACGCGAUGAAUUGGGACGUGCGCUCGCCGCUGAAUGAUCCCAAGUACGACACAAUGUCCAAGACAGGCACGGACGGGCAGUGGUGGUUGGACUGGGACAUCGACUACGUGGGCUGGAAGGCGGCCGGGCUCAAGGUGGACGCCAGCUUUCAGUUCCUGGCGGACGACUUCCCGCCCGCUUCCUGGGGCCCCGACCCCACCGGCGCCGCCUACCGGCUGGGUGCGGCCUUUGCGCGCCACUUCGGCCCCCAGCGGGCGCCCGCCAACGUGUCGCUCGACAGUGUGGAGGUGGGCAACGAGCCGUGGGCCGGAUACAACGCCUCCUUCUACAACGCGAUCUUGCGUGGCUUUGCCCGCGGCGUCAAGGACACAGACCUCGGACUACGGCUGCUGCCGUGCGCGCUGCAGGCCGCCGAGCCGCUGGCGGAGGGCUCCGGCGGCGGCAACUUUGUGGGCGCGCGCGUCACGUCCGACGUGGCGCCGCUGCUGGACGGCCUGAAUCUGCACGUGUACAGCUGGUACCGCGACCCCGAGUCACAGCCGGUGGUGGGGGCCGAGCGGGGGGUGCACCCCGAGCACCCCGGCAGCACCAUGAACGGCCUGAACAACAUGUUGGCCUGGCGCGACGCCAACAUGCCUGGCAAGCCGGUGUGGGUGACGGAGUGGGGCUGGGACGCGGCGAUGCCCGGCGAGACCUGCGCCACCAGCCUGUGUGUGAGCCAGCACGCGCAGGCUGUGUAUGCUGUGCGCGGUCUGGCGCUAUUGGCGCGCAAGGGCGUGGCCGGUUCACACUGGUUCUUUUACGCCAACGGCGACAACUGCACGACUGUGUUCUGCCGCUCUGGGCUGCGCGGCUCCAACGCAACCGGCUUCCCCGCCCUGCCCGUCUACAACGGCCUCCUGGGCUUUAUGCAGACUGCCGGCUCCGUAACCUUCCUCGACGUGCUGGCGGAGACCCCGGCCGUGUACGCCUACCUGCUUGGCGCGCCGGGCGCCACCGGCGGCGCGGCGGCCGCCACACACGUCCUGGUGUGGCGGCCGGUGGCGGCGGGCGCAGGGCCUGCGUCAGCGGAGCCCAAAGCGCAGACAACGCUGGUGCUGCCGCGGGCGCCCACGGCGGGCUGGGGCAUCAGCGGCGAGGGCGCGGUGGCGAUCCCAACGCUGGGCACAGUCGCGCGCAAGGCCAAUGCCGACCCCGCGUCGACCUCUUGGAAUCUGACGAUUUCGGCUGUGCCACUUCUUCUGAGGUUCUGAGCGGGAAAAUCGUAAAGCUGGCUGGGUUACAACCCCCGAAAAAAGUGGCGACGGGUACAAGGCCGCAACGCCAGCACAUCGGUUGAACGCUUAUGAUGUAGGUACCAUAUGCAUGAAGUCUGCGAAACGAAUUGUGGUGCGUUGUAGACAUGCGCGCUAGACGACAUUCAUUGGAGAUUGAGACACAUAUAUUGCGUGUGCGGUACGAUCUUCAGGUGUACGACAAAGCUGUGAUUCGCAAUCCGCAUUUUGCCAACUGUUUUCAUCAUUCAUCAUUCAUGCCCUUAUACUGGAUUACUUGUGCACCGCCGCAAGGUUGGGGACGCCAGUGAUAGGUGCCUGGUAGCAGGUGGUAGCAGGAGGUUUGACAGGUGGCACAAUGGGGGCUAUUUGCGUAUUGUCUGUUAGGCGGAUAGGAUGAAUAAGGGCGGAGUCGAUGCGGCCGAGAUGUGCAGAGCAGGAUUAGCAUAUCGUAGUUGUGUUGUAAUGCACUCGCCGCAUGCGCACGUUUUCGAGAACGGGGUGCCCGGACGUGUACCGGCCAAGGUACGGACAGCAGCUUGACGUUGCCUGUUGUCACCGCAGUGCUCGGAUGACGUCAGUGCCCCGCUGUCGGCAUCGACGUGUACCGAUGACAACAUGAGUACGGAUUGUAACCGCACAGCAGGCA